AUAAUAAAAUGAUAAGUUAAGAAAAACCAAAUCCAAAAUUCAAAAUCUACUUCAACACCUGACAAAAGCUCAAGCUAAAAAAUAUAUAAACCGUCGGAUCACCUAGAGAUGAUAAAUCGACGGUCAAAAAUCAAAGUUUGACUGAAGUACGAAUUAGGUUGGAAUGAUUGGCUUUGAUGACGACUUUGACCGUAGAAAAAUUGAAAAAAACAUGAGAGAGAGAGAGAGAGAGAGAGAGAGAGAGAGAGGGGGAAGCUGGUGGUGUUGUUGGUGCAUUUGGGUACUUGCAAAACAUUGGUAACAGUUAUCUCACUGUUUUCAUCAUCAAAAAAGAAAAUUAACACAGAAUAAGCCACCUGUAAUGGCGGAUAGUAGCAGCUGGUAUGCAAAGCGUUCCGGAGCAAUUGUGGGUUGGUUUCGCAAUAACGUGGUCUUUCGCAAGGCAGUUGUAUUCAUGACAGCUCUGCUUUUCAGCCACAGCUUAGUCGAGAAGGGAGUGGUUGGAAUAUUGAUAUCGUACCUGGAAGAGAAGUGGGACAAGGAAAAUCUUACGAAAGUUGCUUCAGUAACGAACCUCCAAGACGGGUUAUCAGCGGUUAUGAUGAUUGUCAUAGCCCACAUUUCAGAUACAUGGACAGGUCGUUUUAUGAUGGUUGUGUAUUCUACUGUUGCCUAUGUUGUUGGAUUCUGGCUAUUAUACCUCUCUGCCAAGUUCAAGUCUACUAAUAAUGUAGUCCUCUUUUUCUACUUGGCCAUGGUGCCUAUAGCUGCUGGCACAGCAGUGCGAGACCCCACUCUUCAUGCAUUUUUAGGUGAUCAAAUGCAAGAGACAAACCAAGAAGGUCUAAACCAAGAAGAUCAAAACAAUGCCGAGAAACGAGUUCAAGCCCGUGUAAAAUUUUGGUCUCGGUUGAACAAGUUCUUGGGUGCCAUUGUGGCUGUAUUUAUGUUUCGGAGAUUUACUGUGGAAAGAGUCCUUUGAAAUCUCAGCAAUUGCAAUGACUAUUUCUGGGUUGCUGUUUUUAUGUGGUUUUUCAUUUUACCGCCACGUAAAACCAACUAGGAGCCCCAUAACCGAUGUAUAUUAUGUCACUAAGGCUGCUAUUUGGAAACGAAAUCUAGACUACCCUGCUACUAAUGACAAGGGUGAAUUACAACUUUCGCCUCCUAUUGCACUACUCAGGUGGUUAGAUAAAGCUGCCAUUGACGAAACAUCCAACUCGUAUAUGAGUAGUCCAGAAGAACAAGAAAGCAGAGGAAUGCUCUGUCCAGUGGCACAAGUGACAAAAGUGAAGCUUCUUUUAACAAUGGCACCUAUGUGGAUUACUUUUUUCAACUACUGUCUUGUCGUUGCAACAGGAAGUACUUUCUUUCUCCUACAAAUUAGUACUGUGGAUGAUAAGGUUAAUCUUACGUUUUUUUCGAUAAUCCGUUCAUUCUCAAGUUUCAUGGCCUCGUUUCUAUAUGAACUACUAGUCCCGAGGCUGUGGACUGAAACACAGCAAAAGCGUGCUUGGAAAGUGAGGAUUGGUGUUGGAAUAUUGUGCUCUUUUCUAUCCUGCGCUGUUGCUCGAUUUGUCGAAAUUUACAGGUUGAAACUUUACGAGGACAAUAAACGGAAAAAAAUUAUUCCCAUGAGUGUCUUUUGGUUUAUUCCACAGUUCUGCCUUUUGGGAUUCAUGGAAGGACUUUGUGAAGAUGGGCUUGUGGAUUUCUAUCAUCAACAAGUACCUGAAUCCAUGAAGGCCUAUGGGCCACCAUUUAAUCAGUGGGUAUUGGGAAUGGGGAAUUUUGUUAGCAUAUUAUGGAUUUUAACAUUCAAGCCGUGGUUUGGUGACAACAUAAAUAACAGUCGAUUGGACAACUACUAUGCAAUUCUGGCCAUAGCAAGUAUUGCGAACCUAUUUGUCUACCGCUUUGUCUCCAAUAUGCCAAUCUACAAUAUUGAUCAAGUUACAGAGAAGGAUGUGCAAUUGCAGGAAAUCUUGGCAGACAGCGACAACAAUCCUGUAUCCACGUCCUUCAUUCCUCCGAGCCACCCUUCAAGUACAACUUCAACCCAAAGAAUUAUAGCUUCUACAUCCUUUCCAGAUCAAUCUCGCAACACUGGGAACGUGGUUGAGAAGAAACUCAGUCAUCAAAAGACAAUGUGAAGUGUUCGCAGUGAUGAAGCAAACUUCAAAACCACAAAACCAUGUUUUGUAUAUGUAAUGUUAUGAAUGCAUCUGUAUAAGAACCAGGGUUCAUACAAUCAGUUCUAAAUUUGUUUGAAAAAAUAAUUUUGACUUUUAUUA